AUGAAGGCGACUACGUGUGUGAGGGUGGUUCUACCGACGGAUGAGCUUGUUCGAAUGGAGUGUACAGCGACUAUGACGGUAGCGGAUCUAGUGAAGACGCUGGAAAAACGCGCCAGCUUCCAGAAAACUAAUGGAAUCGAUCGAAAUGGGGAAAGUGGCUACGAUUCGUAUGGUAACAACAAUUGUGACAAUGAUCCAGCCACUGAGACGACUUUAGGCUGUCGCUCGAAAGGAUUCAGCCGAGGAACGCUGACUCUUGUUCGCGUGGAAUCAGAGUUGAAAGCCCAGGCGCUUGUAGUCGACCAAGUCGAAGAGCUAGACAUUCUGGAGUUUCAGAUUGCUAGUAUUGACACUCCCGAGUGGAUUGCUGAGCUAAGCUUUCGGCAAUCCCGUAGGAUAUCACCGAUCAUCAACUCGUCCCCUCACAACAUAGUGGGGGCAGUUCGACCAGCCUCGACGACUUUGAUUCCGUUGUGUCAGAUGAAGCAAGUCCGAGCCGUUCGAGAUGAGGAAAGAACGAACCAAGACUGUGCGGAAACCACAGGAUUUAAACACCACCCAGUGGUGAAAUGUAAGGACUUAAUCCAGCAUUCCAACGUGAUACGAUCGCGUUUACGAAGGCAUCGUGCACGAAGACGUUUAACCUCGCGGAUUGGAGGAAAACGCUUGCUGUUUACCCAAUUUCAAAAGCUUAGAAGUGAUGCCAAAGAGCGCAAGUACACUGGUAAGUACACGGAACGUGUCCUCCUGGGAGCUGGAAUGCAAUUGAUCAAUCUCAUCCAUCUUGUCCACAUGGACGUACGAGGACUGGUGUUUCUUCUUCGUGAUGCAAUACUGGGUGGCCAUACCUUGAGCAUGUGCGAGAUAUUAUCAUUGGUGAGGACGAUGGUGACUACAUUGACGUACAUAAAUUUUGGUUCAAGUGCAGCCACUUCCCUGUCAGAAGAUGAUAACGAGAGCUUGGUUCGAAGGUUAUCAUGGGAUAUUGCUGGCAAGGAUGGAGGAGUCACUGUUAUUCAAGAAGGCUGGGUCGUCAGUGCAGAGUGGGGGGCAUUUUGGAGAUCGCAGCGUAAGGAAUAUGCUUGUCUGUGUGACAACCACGUGCUCUACUUUUUCUCGAGUCGAACGCAUUGUGCGGACUUCGUGUUUGAGUUGGGACGUGACCGCGACGGCAGCAUAUCGGACACAAGCAAACGUCUACUGAAAGUCAACAGUCCACUGAGUCAGAUUGAUCUAUCCGAGACCGACUGGAGUGUGAGGAAAAGCAUCCAAGAAGAGGACUCAACAAAGCUGCAUCGCAAUGCCUUUGCGUUUUUCGAUGCAAAUGGCAGGAUGCGACUCGUUUUAGACGUAAGUUCUGGAGCUGAAGCUACGCUGUGGGUAAGGUUGAUAUCUGCUGAAAUGAGCCAGAGCAAGUUAUUCGCACGAAUGCGCGAACUAAAUAAUGAACCUGCGAAAUCAGAGUCUGAAGAUCUCAAGAUCGCUGCGAAUCCAUUGGCCACAUGGACGGAGAUAUUGACGCAAUGCUCUACGAGUAUUGAUAACCAGCAGUCAUUGAUAAUUCCGCUGUAUUCGCUGUAUUCGCAGAUUGACCGACGCAGCGGAACAGCGCGAGCUGAACGCUACAAGUCGUGGACACUCGGUCAAGCCUUGAAAGAUCUGCAGCGGGAUUGCGUGAAAAUAAACGGUCUUGUCCUCGCAGGGGCUUCGCUGGAAGCUAAUAUCCUCGCGUUGACACUUGAAAUUUUGAAAUGCACAGAAGAGAGACGAGAAACUUCGAUGAAAGCACGAGACACUGCAACGUCGCUGUCAGUGAACGUGAAAGAGAUGACUGCGCUACGUUUUGCACGUCAAGUGAUAAUCUACAGCUCACGUACUCACGGUGGUGGGGAUAUCCUCGACGCUCUGCAUCUUUUGUUUGGCAAUGAGAAGUAUUGCAUCUGUCCAGACGCACAUUCAAUGGAGCCGAUUGAGAUCAAUGUUUCAAAGGAAGAAGUGCCUCUCAGUGCACAGAUUUCAAUGAAGAUGACCUACCGCGUGAUUCCUACGGAUUCAAUUGGCCCGAUGGAAGAACAAGGCGAUAGUGUUCUUCAAUAUGGAGAGGCUGAACGACAACUAACGGAGUUCAAGAUUGUAGGAACAUACUCGCAAAGAGUGAGUUGCCACUUUAUUGAGGGGAACGACAUUGAAGGGAGCGUUCAAUUACAAGCUGCAGGUUGA